UAUUCACUAUCAAUGCUGCCAGUACUAAAAUCUAUAGUCCACAUUACGUACACUAUACCAUUCCAAUACAGAAAGUAAAUAUCGGAAUGCAGCCAUCAUUACUGCUUUAUAAAAAGUUUCUCUUCGUGUCUCAUAUUUCAUGAUAUGUAUCAGCUGUUCGGUGACAGUUUACCAACCAUAGAAAUUAUAGAAGAUAUAGAAGUCGCGAAAUAGUGAAAGAGGUUGUUUGGGAUGCGACUACAAUAUGGCUAUCUAGUGAUUGAUAAUUGAGCGAUACGUUAGCAGACAAAGGAACGACGCAGUUUUGAUGGUAAUUUGUAUCGCUUCGCGCGUCGUAUAUUUGUUCGUUUCACUGUUUAAAUAAAGCAAAUAAAUAAAUCAAGUAGAAUGCUGGAACUCGAGGUGGUGCCAGAAAGAUCUCUCGGAUGCGAGCAAUGGGAAUUUAUUUUAGGUAUGCAUUUUUCUCAAUCGGUAUCGAUAAUACAAUCCCAAGUUGGCGUUAUAAGAGGAGUACAAGUACUUUAUAGCGACAGUAAUCCAUUGGAUGUGGAUCUAGUUAUAAAUUUACCACACGAUGGUAUUCGGCUUAUAUUCGAUCCUGUUGUACAAAGGCUGAAGAUAAUUGAAAUUUACAAUAUGAAAUUAGUAAAAUUGAAAUAUUGUGGCUUGCCGUUCAAUUCGCCGGAGGUAUUACCUUCUAUCGAACAGAUAGAACAUUCAUUUGGCGCAACUCAUCCUGGUGUUUAUGACAGUGAAAAGCAGGUAUUUGUACUAAAUUUUCGAGGAUUGUCAUUUUACUUUCCAAUCGAUUCAAAAUUCCAACCUGGAUACGCUCAUGGAUUAGGCUCAUUGCAAUUUCCAAACGGGACUUCUCCUUUAGUCGCGAAAACAGCGAUUUACAUUGGAAACAUGCCAGCCGGUGGUAGCGGCGAAGAACAUGGAUCAAAAACACCACCGCCACCUUUGCCACUUGUUUGUUAUCAUAAUAACUUGUACUUGGAAAAAGCUGAUAUUAUUCGAGACAAGAUGCGCACUCGAGGACUUAGAUUACAUCUUUUCACUGAAGGAAGCUCUGGAACAAGAGCAUUAUUGGAGCCAAAAAAACGAUGUUUGAUUAAAGAGGUAUUAUUUGGCGAUACUUGCGAAGAUGUUUUAAGUGCGCUUGGUGCGCCGUCUAAAGUAUUUUAUAAAGCUGAGGAUAAAAUGCGUAUUCAUAGUCCACACGCGCACAAACGGGACAAGAUAAGACGAUCAGACUUUUUCUAUAAUUAUUUCACUUUAGGUUUGGAUAUCUUGUUUAAUGCGAAAACUCAAUGUAUAAAAAAAUUUGUACUUCACACAAAUUAUCCAGGACACUACAACUUCAAUAUGUAUCACCGUUGUGAAUUUUCUUUGACUUUGCCACCUGAAAAUAAUUCUACGGAGUCGGGAAAGUUAAUCGACGUAUCUCCUUCUCCAGUUACAAUCACUGCCUAUACAAAAUGGGAUAGAGUGAGCGAACAAUUGAAGGCGAGUGCACGUCCCGUGGUAUUAAAUCGUGCAUCUUCAACGAAUACAACUAACCCGUUUGGUUGUACAUUUUGCUACGGUAUACGAGAUGCGAUUGUUGAAGUUAUGGCUAAUCAACAUAUCGCAAGCAUUACUUUGUAUAAAACGGCGUGACCUUGUUCAUCUAUAUGAUAUAAUGCGUUAUGUAAUACAAUUUGUGACAUGCAGUUGGAAAUGGUAAAAUUACUUUAGCUAUUUUUCAAGAUCUUAUAUUUUCCAGUGAAGACGAGACAAGAAAAUAAUUGUGCAUAGAAUACUAAAAAGGCUUUUUUUAAAUAAACAAUACUGUUAUUUUAAAAUAUAAA